AUGAACUUGCACAAUAACAACACAGCGUUGACGUUGUUGCCAAACCUCAGCUCUCUCUGGGUGCCGGGGUCCCCGGGUGCGGGGCUGCCCCCGGGCACAGCCACCGACCCGGGCGGCUACACCGUGUCUCAGGCCUCGGGGAGUCCCUCUCCCGCCAAUGGCACCCUCAGCGACCCCCUGGGCGGCCACGCCCUCUGGCAGGUGGUUCUGAUCGCGGCCCUCACCGGGGUCAUCGCCCUGGUGACCAUCAUCGGCAACAUCCUGGUGAUCGUGGCGUUCAAGGUCAACAAGCAGCUGAAGACCGUCAACAACUACUUCCUGCUGAGCCUGGCCUGCGCCGACCUGAUCAUCGGGGUCUUCUCCAUGAACCUGUUCACCACCUACAUCAUCAUGGACCGCUGGGCGCUGGGCAACCUCGCCUGCGACGUCUGGCUCUCCAUCGACUACGUGGCCAGCAACGCCUCCGUCAUGAACCUGCUGGUGAUCAGCUUCGACCGCUACUUCUCCAUCACCCGGCCGCUCACCUACCGGGCCAGGAGGACCACCAAGAGGGCCGGCAUGAUGAUCGGCCUGGCCUGGGUCAUCUCCUUCGUCCUCUGGGCGCCCGCCAUCCUGUUCUGGCAGUACUUCGUGGGCAAGCGCACCGUGCCCCCCGGGGAGUGCUACAUCCAGUUCCUCAACGAGCCCACCAUCACCUUCGGCACGGCCAUCGCCGCCUUCUACAUGCCCGUCACCAUCAUGACCAUCCUGUACUGGCGGAUCUACAAGGAGACGGAGAAGCGCACCAAGGAGCUGGCCGGGCUGCAGGCCUCGGGCACGGAGGCCGAGACGGAACACUUCGUGCCCGCCGCCACCAUGGGCAGCUCCCGGAGCUGCAGCAGCUACGAGCUCCAGCAGCAGGGCCCCGGGGCCCGCUCGGGGCGCCGGCGGUGCGGCGGAGGCUGCUGCGACCUCUGGGUGCCCGCCAAGACCUGGGAGCCCAGCGCCGAGCGCGUGGUGGACCGGGACCACAGCAGCAGCGACAGCUGGAACAACAACGACGCGGCCGCCUCCCUGGAGAACUCGGCGUCCUCCGACGAGGAGGAAGAGGAGGAGGAGGACAUGGGCUCCGAGACCAGGGCCAUCUACUCCAUCGUGCUCAAGCUGCCGGGCCACAGCACCCUGCUCAACUCCGCCACCGCCGCGCCCCCGUCCCCGGACAGCCUGCGGGUGCCCGACCCGGAGCUGGGCGCGGUGGGCACGGCGGCGGAGAGGAAGGCGGGCAAGCUGCAGGCCCAGAGGAGCAUGGACGACGGGGCCCGCUUCCCAAAGAGCUUCCCCCCCAAGCUCCCCAGCCAGCUGGAGUCGGCCGCCGAGCCGGCCAAGGCCUCCUCCUCCUCCGACGCCAACUCCUCCUUGGGGAGGACCGGGGCCACGGCCACGCUACCUCUGUCCUUCAAGGAGGCCACCCUGGCCAAGAGGUUUGCCCUCAAGACCCGGAGCCAGAUCACCAAGCGGAAGCGCAUGUCCCUCAUCAAGGAGAAGAAGGCAGCCCAGACGCUCAGCGCCAUCCUGCUGGCCUUCAUCAUCACCUGGACGCCCUACAACAUCAUGGUCCUGGUGAGCACCUUCUGCGAGAGCUGCAUCCCCAAGAGCUACUGGAACCUGGGCUACUGGCUGUGCUACAUCAACAGCACCGUGAACCCCGUGUGCUACGCGCUCUGCAACAAGACCUUCCGCACCACCUUCAAGUCGCUGCUGCUCUGCCAGUGUGACCGGAGGCGCCGGCGCCGGCAGCAGUACCAGCAGCGCCAGUCCGUGACCUUCCACCGCUGUGCGCCCGCGCAGGACCUGUAG